GAACACUGGGGACAAGCACAAAGGGAAUCCUCUUAACCAGGUAAUCUCAGCACCCAUCUGCCGUUACUGUCAUCUGCCACAUCCACCCUGCACCAGUAUGUCAUUUCCCCGCUAGCCUCUGUCAACCAGCACAAGUUAAGACGAUGCUGCUGUCACCUCAGGCAGAGAGGAACUGGGAGGAUCUGUGUACAGUGCUCGAAGAUGUGCUGGAUGACCAGUCCCACAGGCAGCUGUUUGCCUUAGAGCUGGGCUCUGGAACAGGGCAACAUGUCAUUCGCUUUGCCCAGAAGUUACCCUUUGUCACCUGGCAGCCAUCAGACAUCAAAGAAGAGUCUCGGGAGAGUAUUAAGGCAUACAUCGCUGCCAUCAAUGCAAAGACUGUGCUGCAACCUGUUCACCUGGAUGCCCGUGAGCCGUGGGAGAAAUGGGCAGGCAUUCCACACAACUCCUGUGAUCUUAUUAUUGCUAUCAACUUAUUACAAUACAGCUCCUUCAAAACAGCAGAGGGUGUUUUCAGUGGCGCAGGUCAGAUCCUCAGAUCAAACGCACUUUUGAUAACAUAUGGGGUGUAUGCUAUUAAUGGCACCAUUAUACCAAGCUGCAAUGAACUCCUGGAUGCAGAGCUUCGAAAUUUAAAUCCAGAUUGGGGGCUUCCAGACAUUGAUGUGCUCAGACAGCUGGCCUAUGGGAAUGGGAUGCGUCUUGAGAGGAUGGUGAGUCACACACUAUUCACAGUUUGGGGAAUCGGUAAUAACUACGAGACUCAUACCUGUAAUGUUGCUUUGCAGAUUGAGAUGGAAGAAUACUACAAAUGCCUCAUCUUCAGGAAAAUUUAAAGAAGCCAAACUGCACAAAGGAGAGAAAUUAGCCCU